AAAGAUAGUUUUACCCUUUGACCUCUGACACCGUCACACCAGGAAGUCAGGCAUACUAGCAUGUAGACAACAAGCUAGUGAGGAAACAGAACGAUUUUGUUGCUUUCUCCCAAGUUUGAUGAGGACCGAAAGCAGCAUGAAGACCCUGGCGGUGUUUCUGAUGUUCCUGGCCGGUACCUGGGCACACAUGUGUAUGAUCAGUCCUCCUCAACGGGGGUCGAUGGUGGGGAUAAACAAACCUGGAGCGGAUGACUGCGCCCUGGUGACUGGGCCGUGUGGCGGGAGGAUGCCUAUGCCACAUACCGGGAUCGCUCUUAUGGCGGGCGAAAACUUCACCGUGACCCUGCAAAAGAACCUGGACCAUUAUACCGCCUCCUCACCGGGAAUGUUCACUAUCAACCUGAAGGAGGGAGAGCAGGGAGAGUUCAAGCAGCUGGGGAUGAUCAAAGACAUGGGUGAACCGUCCCUGAGUCUCUACUCUACAAACAUCACUAUCCCGAUGCACCCGAUGGGGCACGGCAUGGCGACUCUCCAGGCUGUGUACGUCACUAAGAACCCGCAGGCCCCCGCCAUGUUCUAUGAGUGCGCUGAUGUCCACAUCAUGCCCCGGCCUUAAAAAAACAUACCCGGGAAAAUUCGAUAACUGAAGGAAGAAAAUCUGAAUAAUUAAAACAUUGCAUAAUGCUUUUUAAAUUGUUAAAAGAUGGCACAAAUAUUCCUUAUUUUGUUCUCUAGAUUUUUUCUAAGUCACCUUACAAUAUGAACAAGUAAAUGAGUUUUUGUUUUUCGCAGAUUUUCCUCAUUCAAUUGUGUAAAAGAUUACAAUAUUAUCGCUAACUACAGUCUCCGCUACGCUAGCCUUGGAAUCUUUGUGAACGACACUCUAUGAAUGUCAUGACUCCUUUCCGCAAAUGGUAAUAAACUGCUGAAAAUGACCAAA